AUGGCUGCUGCUGCACGAUGCACUUCCACUACUACCACUGGUGUCAAUGCCGCCUCCAAUGCCGCCAGUGGUAGUGCUGGUGCCGCUCAGCUCACUCCUACAUCUGGAACUGCUGCUUCUCUCACCGGCCAGAAGCGAAGAUGGUCCUCCAUGGCCUCCAUUUGUGAUGGACUGGAGGUAGCCGUCACAGCAGCACCGAUGAAUGGCAGCGCUGCUUGCUAUUCUCAGUCUCAGUCACCUGCUGCUGCUGCUGCUGCUGCUGCUGCUGCUGCUGCUGCUGCUGCUGCUGCUGCUGCUGCUGCUGCUGCUGCUGCUGCUGCUGCUGCACCAACUGUGGUGGCUGACAAGACUACUGCAGCUCUCCCAAUCAGACCUGUGGCUGUUAGGUGCCUGGAAGCCCCAGUGCAGUCCACAAGGCCACCCAUCAGCGUGGGGAGCCGUGGAGCUUUCACUGCAGUGAUCAAUGUGGCGCGUGGUCUCACCAAUGCGGAGCUCUCAUCCGCUGUGUCCAUGCAUGCGCCAAUGAAGAGAGAUACAACCUCUGGAGAGAGCAUGUUACAAAGCCCAACUACAGGCUCGGGUUCUACAAUGUCGGUUUCAGGCAGCCUAUCCCAGCCUGUUGCCUCUGCAUUAACCCCUUCCGACAGCAGCAAGAUGAUGUCAUCGCCACUCACAGGAUUGUUAUCCAAAUCUUCAACUGCAGCGACAUCUCUCCUGCAGCAAGCCUCCGUUCCAGUGACUGCAUCGGAGACGUUGAGACUAAGCCGCUCGCCCAGUCAGUCAUCAGCUGUUACCACGCUCUGCGUCCCUCGUUCUGCUGGGGGAGGUGCUGCUUUCGCCAACAGUGGCUGGACCGCCAACCCUGUCAUCUCAACUUCCCACGCUGUUGCUCUUUUGCGUGCUCCACCAACCACGGCUACUGGCAGCAAUGCCCCUCUUUCUUCCUCUGCUCCUGAUGCUGGCAGCCCAAUUGAGUCAACGCUUUCCCACUGGCGUCCCUAUGUCAAGCCUAAUCAUGCUAGCGUUGCAGAUAAGGCCCGGUUAACAGAAUCAGGGAUUCACAUGACUACGGACAGCCCAAGGAAGGCGAUUUGCCAAGGCCUUCCGGAGCAUCUGAGCAGGUUUCAGAGUGGAUGGGUGGAGGACCUGAGCGCCAUUCAUGGUGUGUUGGGGGCUGACCAAGAUCGGCCAUCGCUUGGGCUUGAGGAGAGAAGCAGGCUGGAAUGUGCACCUUUGGCCCCCAAGGCUCCUGGUGAGCCUGCUGCUGACGCUGGGGAGGAGGUGCGGACGCAUUUCCGCGCAGAUCACAUUGCCUACAAGCGGUGGAUGGCGCGAGACGCCGCCGCCACACUUGCAGUCCGCCUUCACCUCUCGUUCGACCAGAGAGCCAACUUUCGCCAGGUGCCGUUGGCCCAUGCUAUGUAUUCCGCUGUGGUUAGGUGCUACUCCCCCCCCCCCCUCCUGCAGUCCUAG